GGGUGAUUCAGGAUAUGCGUGUACCGUCUGGGUAGUUUGUUACAAAUACAUUGAAACUAAAAUCAUAUUCCAGUUAUAAUUCUGUCAUAGCGCUAUGAUAAAAUAAGGCGAAGGCUCUAAACUUUGAUUGGGCUUCUUUUUGUCAAACCUGGCAACACUAGCUGCCCCGGAACAACGUAACAGCUGUAGCUUUUCAGCAAACUUCUCCAGGUUUCACAACAAUGACUCCGUCAACAUUAGUCUGGGUGGAUUUAUUUGACGUCAGUGGUGGGUUGUCGUCAGUGCUAGCUAGCUGAGGAGCGGGUCAGUUAGCUGAAGAGUCGACCGAUUAGACUCGCAACGUUUCAGAGCAGCUUAACGUUAGCUAACAGAGCUUCGCUAACCUAGAGACGCAGCAGCAGCAUGGGCGAUGGAAGUGUUACUCCCAGGUUCGGCAACAUGAAAGCGUUGCUUGGACUAGUUGCCGGAGCUGGAGCUUCUUACGGGUUAUACAAACUCAUCAGCGGGGGGAGCUUCAAGAGAAACAAGAAAAGUGCUGCCAAUGAAAGUCCUGGUGUCAGGAGGAGCAGUCAGCCCAGUGAAGUCACCCUUCAGCCGGGCAGCCUGCUGGCCAAAGUGUCUGGACUGGAUGUUGUCUGUCCCCGACCUGUGGACGUUGCAUCAGGUGAAAUCAUCCACCAGUCCCCUGGCAACCUGGAGCCACAGCACCUGAGGAUGCUGCUGUCAUGUCUGCAGACCAGCAAUAAGCCACCCGACCGAUGUCGGAUACUACUCACGUUGGGGAAUUCUGCUGCCUUUACUGUGAACCAGAAUCUUAUACGGGAAUUUGAAGGGAUUCAUAUCGUAGCUAGUUUCCUCUCUGAUCCGGUGGCAGAGGUUCGAGUGCAGACUCUGAAUGCUUUAAAUAAUCUGUGUAUGAACAUCCAAAACCAGGAACAAAUAAAGGUUUAUGUGCCACAAGUGCUGGAGCUGAUUGAGAUGUCGCCAGUGAACUCUGACCUUCAGCUUGGUGCUCUCAGGCUGCUGACAAACCUUUCAGUCACAGAUAAACACCAACACCUGCUGAAGGAAUCCAUUACGCUCUUACUCUCUCUACUUGUUGUGAGCAGUGAAGCAUUACAGGUUCAGGCUGUGAAAGUCCUUGUGAAUUUGUCCUCCAAUCCAGAUAUGAUGGAUGACAUUGUUCAAGCGCAGGCACCAGCUUCGGUUAUGCUGCUGUUUGAUUCACGAACUGCCCCUCCGGUGCUUCUGCGACUGCUGACGUUUGCAGGGAACCUGAAGGCCUGGAGGCCUUCUGCACAGGUGGCUAAUGAACUGAGGCGGAAGCAGGAUUGCCUCUUCCGGGUCAUGUUGGAUGAGUCCUCCCAGCUACACGGCCGCCUGGUCCAGCUGCUUUCACACCCAGAUGUUGAGAUUCAGUCCCAGGUGGCCCGCAUCUUGACAUAGACCUUCCGUCUCUGCAUUCUUGAUCCAUGCACAGCUUUUGCUUCCACACAUUUUUGCCAAAGCCAUCACCCUCCUAGUUCAAAUGUAUAUCUGUUGACAUUAAUCUUAUAAUAGAGAUGGCUGCAUAGCCUCCUGUGGGUGGAUACUCAACUCCCACUCUCUCUCUACAUCUACAGUAUUCCCUAGAUCAAUAUUAUUACCACAUAUAAGUAAAUUAUCUAUUCCACCUCACCAGCCACUCUUCCCUGAUUUUCACUUUCUUACACUCCAAUCAAUUAAUUAAUGAGCAAUGAGUGGGCAGGAAGAAACCAUUCAUUUGGUAGAGAGUAAAAACAGGCCACCUCACCAAGAGUUUUCUUCUCAUUGCCAGAGACUUUGUUCCUUCAAAGAUCCACAGUGCCCUUUCUUCUGAGAACGUCACCUGCUUUCUCUGAAGACGUGCUCCAGGUGAAAUUUCUGAACCCAAACCCACUGCCAAAUGUUUUCUAGAGAAAGUGUCAGAAUGAACAUGUGCAGCACGACCUAACUUUCUACCCUUCUGUGGGUCAGAGAGACACUUAAAGAGGAAGCUGAUGAGGUUUCUUGCCACAUAGCAUGCCUUGGAGACACUAAAGAAUGGCUGCACUACAACUCCUGUCCUCGCUAAUGUAUCAACAUGUUUAAAGAUCAUGGUCUUUAUGAGUUUUCUUUAUUAAUGAAUUGAAUGUGAGAAUCAGUGGAUCAUGACUUUGGAAGAGCUAAAGUGAGGUCAACAUACAGGACGAUUGGCCUCACAUUCUGUGACAAUGUGAGAAGUUCAGUGUAGAGAUGCACCGAUAUCUGACUCAACUAGCUGGAUCAGAUAUCUGAAACCAUUAUUUCAAUAGAUUUCAAUACAUUUAUAUUUAUGUAUUUAUUUGUAACAUUUUGUUUUGCAGCGUUAGGAAAGAAAUGUUUAAGUCAAGCCUGAUGUUCCUUUCACAUAAAAUAAUGAUCUCAGUCUCUUCCACACAGUGAAGCAUACAGCGUAUUUAUCAAACACAGGUAUUGGAUUGGAACUCGGUAUCAGACGAUGCCCAGGUAUCUGUAUCGGGACUAAAAACAGUCAGUUCGGUGCAUCCCUAGAUCAGUGUGCCUAGGAAGAACUUUGAGUUGAAACACUGCCUCCCCUGCGUUAAGAAGAGCUUGUACUAGUGGUUGGGACACCUGAUGCAACCGAAGCAAACUUUGACUUUGAAGGUGUACCAGCCACAGGUUUGAUCCGGGAUGUACUGGGGGUGUUCCAUCUCCCUGUGGAUCCUCCUGGGAGGAGCAGGAGGAAGUUGCAGGGGGAAAGGAUGUCUGUACUGCUAUGAUUGUUUCAGCCACAACAAAUGUCGUGCAGAUGUGCAGCUUGGAAACGAAUGGACAAAGCAGUCUGUAAUAACAAUUACUGUACACGGACAUUUUUAUGCACACAAUGAUCAUUGAAUAACAGAGAUUGAAUGUUAAGUACAAGCAUUUUGUUAAAUUAUGCAUUUUUCAAUAAGGGCUGUAAGUGACUGAUCCACAUGUUGUCUAACUGGAGGACCGGAGUUGUGGACCCAUCUGCAGAUUUGUUGUCCUCUAAAUUGCAUGAAAGAUGUGACGGUUAUCUCAGAAUAUGAUUUUUAAUGCAAGGAUUUUAUGGCAUGAGCCAGACCAGGUGUAAAGAAAUGCUGCACAUUCCGAAGUUUGGACACUGACUUUAUUAAACCCAAAUCCUAAAUCUCUCUCAGGCAACAUGGUUUACCAGAACAGAUAUACAGCAGGAGGCUGAUUUACUUGUGACCUUGAUUAUCAUAUUUAUUUAAUGAAGCUAGUCAGCAUUUUGCUUAUAAAAUGAUAAAUGUUUGUCUGUUUGAACUGUUCAAUAAAUGCCUGAUAUGACAAA